GAGCAGUAAAUUUUCUGAAGGAAGUCUGGUCUUCGAGCGAAAUUGUCACUUUUAUAUCAAGAUUCCUUCCAAUCUGGACUUGUAACAGUAUGGCGGAUCUCGACUCGCAAGAAUCUGAUGAGCUGAUUGGUCUAGCCCAGCUUUCUAAAAUCGAGGCUGUGGAGACAGUGCAUUGUACGAGUCCUGUCAAUGAUGUUGUGUUUGGACCUCAAUUACCAGGGCCGUUGCAAGGGCCACAAUUACCAGGGCCUUUGUCAGUUGUUAACAGAGAUACUGUAGAUGUCAAGGCACAGAGAGGGGUCUGUGGCCUUCGUAACCUUGGCAACACUUGUUUCAUGAAUGCAGGUCUCCAAUGUGUAUUAAGUAACCCAAUCUUUAUGCAACACUUUUUUGACACAAUCAAAGAUGACAGUGAGCAGAAGAUCACCAUAAUGGACCAGUUUGUUAGAAUCCUGGGGAAAGUUUGGAGCGGGCAUUACUCCAGUAUUUACCCGGAUGAGUUUAAAAAGAUCCUCGGAUGGCUUUAUCCUCAGUUCAAUGAUUUUAGACAGCAUGACUGUCAAGAGUUCUUAGCCUUGCUGUUGGACCAUUUCCAUGAAGAGCUCAACUCAGUCAACCAAUCAAAGACCACCACCCCUCUGGCCAUUGACCAAUCAGAAGAAGAAACACAACAAACUGCUGAUAACUACAGUGUAAUUGAUCAAUCAGGGAGCUCACAAAAUUCAGCAUCAAAGAAUAUGACCCCUGCUAUUCUAAUCACUGAGGACAGUAAUUUGUCUGCAAAUUCACCAAUCUCUGACAACUCAGAUUUUUCAAGCAUUGAGGGAGGACAAUCUCUAAGGAUGGAACCUUUGCCUGAGCAGAUGAGGUCCUUCGGCACCCAAAGUGAGAAUUCAAUGGAAAAUUCACGCAGUGCAAGUAACUCCCCCUGUGAGCAGUCUAUGAAACUAAAAUGCACGCCUGAUGAACUUGCAAAUAACAAAAAAGAUCCACUUUCUCCCGUUAAACCUGACAAAAACAUAAUGUCAAAUAAUGCCCCUAGAGGGAUCCACCUGUCAGGUAUUGAGGAAUUUUACAUGAAAGAGACAAAAACGAAAAAUGUAAAUAUGCUCGUUGAUGAUCUUUCCGAUGAAGAACAGAUUAAAACUGACAGCGAUAAAUUUACAAAACAGGAUAACACGUCUCGGAAUUUGGAGGACGUUGAUAUUGAAGUUGCAGAAAUCACAGAGGAAUUAGAUGUUAAAGGAGAAACGAGUAAACGAUUUAAGGAAGUGAACUUGCUAGCCAAUCAACGGGACAAGAUUGUCGGUGAUUGUUAUCUCAAAAAAUCACUUUCGCAGAGUUUUGGGAGUAACGAUCCAUGUAUGAGCUAUAACAAUAUAAAACGUUUGAAAAUUGAUAAAACAGAAAAUGUGAGUAACAUAGAAAAAUUAAAUCUCACUAAAGGGAUGUCGUAUGAAGAAAAGGAAAACAACCUGAAAGGGAACACCCUGCUUCAGAAUAUGGAGACCCCAAUGCAUGGGGCUCACACAUUGCAGUUCAAGAAGAAUGAAAUGUCAAGUGGAGAUCAUGAAAAUAUCAGAAAUCCAAAUCAGUAUGGAGAAUCCAUGGACAUUGAAAUGGAAUCCCCAGAUACUGGGGAUCACAUAUUGUGUACACAGGGACCAACUACAGAUGACAUCAUCGAUGCGAAGAAAGCAUGGGAUAAAUAUUUAGAAUCCAACAAAAGUGCCAUAGUUGAUAAAUUUCAAGGGCAGUUUAAAAGUACCGUUGUAUGCUUAGAGUGCCGCUAUGUUUCAGUUACAUACGAGCCUUUUAUGUACCUCAGUGUGCCAUUGCCUCAUGCCAUGGAGCGGCAGAUAGUUGUGACAUUUGUGCCAUGUGACCAAAAGCAGCCAAUGAAAUAUCUUGUUACAUUACACAAGUUUGACAAAGUAUUACAACUAAGACAGCAGAUAGCCCAGCUAAUUGGGGAUGAAACUGGCGACCUAAAAAUUGCGGAAGUUUUUGAGAACCAUAUUGCAAGAAUUCUGGAAGACAGCACUAUGUUGCGAUAUGUCAAUGAUUACAACAGGUCCAUAUAUGCCUUUGAGAUGACCCCCUACCAUCUUCCUGAUGAUGACAUCACGAAACUUGAUGACAUCACAACACAGAAUGAUGACAUCACUAAUUCUGACAAAUAUGGUGGAUCCAGUUCACUAAUGAGCUCUAGUUGCAAUAAUCUCAUGAAUAAUGCCCCUGAUGGGGAAAAACACGAAAAGGUGAAUGAUUUUGAUGUUAUUGACAACAUCACAGAGGCAAGCCUAAAUCAAAUAAACGAUACAAAGGGUAAUGAAAAUUAUUCACCUAUUGGAACAUUUGAUGUUGACGAUAUGCAGCAGGGCAGUCCUAAUGCUGAAUGGACUGAUACAUCUGUAAAUAUUGACAUUGAUGACUUAAAUGGUCGCUGGGGCGAUGUGGAUGCCCCUCAACCAGACAUCACUGGGACAUCUCAUUGGCAACAAAACGCUGAGUUUUCGUCACGCUCUGAUGUCGCUGAUUGGUUAUUAUGUAGCGAAGGAGAUGAUCAAGUACUACCAAGAAUGGAGAUGGAUUCUGAUGAGAAACAUGAGCCAAAAACUCAGAGUGAGGCUGCCACAGGGAUUCAGAAUGAGGCUAUUGUGACAUCACAAUGGAACAGCUGCGCUAUCUGCCUAGAGGAGUUACAAGAUUCAGAGCUGUUGGUUCACACAGUGUGCAGUGGAAAACUCUGCAAUUCUUGUUUGGAGAUGUCCUUCAAACAUUACGGAGAAGCAGCAUUCAACUGUCCUGUAUGCCUAAGCCCGGUACAUCCUGCUGAAGACUUCGUUACUUUAAGUAGUGUGGAAAAUUUUAAACCUAAAACGCGGUUGCUCUCAGUGCCAUUGGUUUUUCGUCAUGAUUAUGAAGAUGAGGCUGGUAAAACGAUAGUGAGGCUAGUGGGUCACCCCAACAUUUUGUACCUCCCCAGCACAAUAAAAGGAGAGCUCUUAUAUGAACUUGUUGACCCCUUGAUGCUGAUUGACUGUAAAUAUCAACUCUUGCUUACGGAUGGACAGGGUACACAUUGCUCAAGAUGCUCUUUCACAGUACACUGUGCUGGAUGUUCAAUAGAUCGGGACAGCGAAGAUAUUACACUCGCGCCUAAUGAUCACCUCGCCAUUAAAAUCAAUACGAUUUCCUCAGCCCAGCUGUCUAUCUUAAAUGAGACUUUGAAACACACGUCUAUGGAAGAAGAACGAUCCAAGGAUCCGCUUACAUUGUAUGAUUGUUUCAAGGCAUUUACACAGAGUGAGAUCCUAGAUGAGGGUAACCCCUGGUAUUGUCCUAAGUGUGAGUCCAAUCAGUGCGCUAAUAAAACCAUGAGUGUCUGGACUUACCCAGAGUAUCUGGUUGUCUACUUGAAGAGAUUUGUGUUCCACGAACUCUCAAGUGCAAAGAUAGACAAUGCUGUAGUUUUUCCUAUUGAAGACCUGGAUUUGUCUCCAUAUAUCUCUGGACCUAAAAUCUCUGAACUCACAUACGAUCUCCAUGCUUGUGUUUGCCAUUUUGGAGGUGCAAAUGCUGGUCAUUACACGGCAUACACAAAACACCCUCUGCUAGAUGAAUGGUUCUACUACAAUGAUGAACAGACCAUCAAGCAGGUCCCUCAGGAGACUGAUCACAGCAAUGCUUAUAUACUCUUCUAUAAAAAUCAGGGAUCAAAAGUGCAGUUUAAGUUGCCUGAAAGCACUCCUCCACCACAGGAGAGCUCCAUAGACACCACGGCAACCACAUACCAGCCAAUAGAUCAAGAAACGAUCAGUAAAAUCUUGAGUGAACUGAAUCAAAAUUUAACAACUCAAACAGAGAGCAGCAGAGAGGAGAUCGAAACUCCAGGAAAAAAGACUGAUGUCAAUUUACCAAAUUUUGACUUUUAUUCAUAGAAUAAUUCAUCUAUUCAUAAAUCUAUAAGAAUCAGUGAAUGAUUGCUCUUUGAGGAGCUUAGAAAUAUAAAGGCAGUAAAUCUUUGUUUAAAGAUGUUCAGAAAAUCUGAAAAGUCAAUA